CCGCGUGGAAAGGAUGAAUGGGGGGCCGAGGCUCGGGAAACUCAUAAUUGUUGUUCACACCAGGCGCACGGACGAGUAAUCAGCGGUUGAACACUUCUAGACUCACAUAGAAUAUUGACAUCAUGAACUCAGGAGUUCCACGCAGACGUCUAGAGCCAGUUCCAGCCUGCUCCCUCUGAGCACGGGUGACAUUGAGGCAUUGAAGGCUCUGGUGUCCAUGACUAAGCAGGUGAAAACCAUGAGCUUCAGGUCCAAACACCUGAGACCUCUGACCCCGUCCCCGGAAUGCUCAGAGGAAGACUCCGGCCCUCGUAGGUUCACCGUGCUGCAGGAGACUCUCUGUCGCUUGACACCUCCGUACAGCCCACCUGUCUGUAAGGCCACGCAUCCAACUGCAGCAGAGACCUUGCAGGAACCUGCAGCAGCAGAAAGUCCGAGCUGCCACCGGAACAAAGCGACGCACGCUGCUUCUCAGCGAAGGUUCCAGUGCACCAGCGUGAUCCGCCACACUGCCGACAGGCAGCACAGCAACUGUAGCAUCUGCCCAGUGUCCAGGCAAGGCACGGUCACCCAAGACCACGAACACGAUUCCAAAACAGACCUGAACUUUGAUAAUGGCCUCCACACUAAAAGCCUGGAGAAGAACAUUAUUAUGCAGUCUGACUCAAAGGCUGCUACAUCACAGAAGCCUUUCGCUGUGCCGACCGUGGGUACACAUAACCAGACCCUGAAAGGCGGUUCUGGCCUGGGAUUCAAACCGGCCACACUACAGGCUGCCUCCAGUGUCCCUGCAGGUGUGUCUGGGGUCUCUAUUGUGCCUGUCCUCUGCCAGGUCCUCCCUGUCGUCGACCGGUCUGUCACAGCCUUUGCGAGUCAACAGCAACACCUCAUACCCACUCCAAAAAGACAUAAAGAGCACCACAAGCAGCAGCAUGUACCACCGCCAGCACAAACCCGACCUUUUUCAUCCUCCGUCAUCCUCCUCGGCGGUCAGAUCGCAAAGGGCCCCGUUGCUUUCCUUGUACCUCCGCUGGCUGUUCCUGCUGCUGGUGUUCCGCCACCUCCUAUGCCCUCUGCUGGCUCCAGGUUACCAGCCAUCGCUCCUGCACCCGGUUGUAGUGUCCUGGGGCAAAGCCAGCUGCAGCCAGCAGUUACCCGUGCACGCAGUCACGUCUGCCCCCACCAGGAUUGCGGAAGGACCUACUUCAAGAGCUCCCACCUCAAAGCCCACCUCCGGAUGCAUACAGGUGAGAAGCCCUUCAAGUGUAAGUGGGAUGGAUGCGAGAGGCGAUUUACUCGCUCCGAUGAACUGUCGCGCCACAAGCGAACGCACACGGGAGAAAAAAGGUUUGUUUGUCCGAUGUGCCUCACACGCUUCAUGCGCAGCGACCACCUGGCCAAGCACGCCCGUAGACACCUGACGGCGAGAAAGAUGCCCUGCUGGACGUUUUCCGUCACCAAGUCUACGGACCGCCCCCCUUGCAUAAAAUUCAGUGUCCUGUCAACAAGCUCUAUGAAGGUCACCAAUAAGCCUAAUUAAGAAAAUUGGGGUCUAUCACUUACCAUGGUAUUUGCUUCUCUACACAACACGGUGUUUUCAGUUACCUAAAUACACUGUACAAUGUCUAUAGUUUACAGUAUACUAUAUAUCUUCUAAGAUGCCCUAGGUGAGACUGAGUCUAACAAAGUCUCAUUCUCAUUAUGUGACAAACUCAAUCAUUCACCUUUGUGGAAGGUUUUAUCAUUUCAUGCAGCUUUGAGUUAGACACUUGCUCAGUCCAAAGACAAGAAGGCUGCAGGUGUGAAUCUAAACUAGCUACAGCCAGUGGCUGUUGAGGUUUUAUGGUUGUUAUGAAUAAAUGUAAUGGUUUCUCGGCAUCUGUGAUUUGUUCUCCUUGAUCUCAGAGAUUUGGGAUCAUAGGUCACAUUAGUUAAGCUUCCAAACAGUGAUAGUUAAAUGAGAACAUGGUAACAAGGCUAUUUACAUUUGCGUUUAAACUAUUGUUACCUUAAAUCAAGCAAUCACACUAUUAACUCCUGUAGUAAUUUUUUAUCAAUUACACAAAUGUAUUUACUGUUAUAUUUUGACCAAGAAUGUUAAUGUUACUUUGUGCAUAUGUGAUUCAUUUAUGUCUUUAAAUAAACAUGUCAACAGUG